CUUCGCAGUGACGAUGGCAGUAUGCGCUCUCGUGUCGGCACGUGUCCGAGACGGGGCAGUCUUCAGUCCGCGCUGGGAUGUCUCAAGCUUGCGAGAGCCGCCACCAGAUAUCUACUACAAGGAAGCUAUUUGGCAGCUCGGGAGUGAGACUGCAGUGGGCGAUAUCAAUAACCUACGUACUCAUGCAAUUCUGGCACUCGCAGCGAUUCAAGAUGGCAAGGUUCGUGAUAUGCACGAACAUCUUGGUCGAUACCACACCAUCGUUGCCGCCGGAGGACUCCACGACGAAGUCAAUUGGCCUAAGAAUAUUGGUAUAGUGGAAAAAGAAGAACGUCGGAGACUGUUCUGGUCGGUCUACACUCUGGAUAUCUUCACAUCCAUCGUUUGGGGAGGUGUCAUCCGAUCGCGAGAGUAUCAGUCCAGCGUGUCCUACCCAACUGAAGCCGAUGAUGACAUGUUCGACGAUGCUGGGUUCGCAAGCAUCACAGUACCGAAUGGUCAGCCGGAUACAUCGCCUGGCGCUCUUCAUUCGGACUCUGGUGCUAUCAGCUGGAUUGCAGGACGCAAUAUCGUCAUUGAUCUCUAUCGAGUGCUGGAACAUAUCAUGAUGCGGCUUUGUGCUCGCAACAGCCGUGCUCAGAGACAAACACUCAUCGACGAAGUCUUGCAUGCGUCGGACUCUCUGUCACAAGAAGCGGUUCUUGCAAGCGUGAUGCAGAUGCAUGCCAACCUGCCACAGUGUUUCAAGACGACUAAUCCCAUCACCUCCAAACCCCGACUGGACAGAUUCGGAUUCCAAGCGGCAGACAUCAUCGCCACGGUGCAGUUGCUGCGAAUGGUUCUACUGUCUGCCACGGGUGCGAGCAUUGCCGAAAAGUGCCAAAUCGCGAACGAGGUGGUGAGUGCCUUCAUCGCCAUACCGACCGCUUACCACCACGCCAUCAGCGUUCCAUUACUGUUCCAUCUCGGCGUGAUCGGACAGAUACUCGCCACCACUCUGGGACAAACGCUGAGUGAGAUUGAUUACAACAACAUCCGCGGCGUCAUGAUGGCUAUGAUUCAACUGCUUUCCAGCUUGGAAGGUUUGCACGCCAGCAAAGGCGCCAGUCAGCGGCUCAGAGACCAAAUCACACGCAUUGAUGAGUACAUGACGCUGCAAAGGCACAGGACCAGCAAAGUGCAACAUAUUCGCUCAGAAGCUACAAACUCGAUGCCUCGGCCAGAACCGGAGACGGUCUACGCUACCACGUUAUCUCCUUAUAGCUCUCGAGCGAUGGACGAAAACAUGGAUCUAUCUCCAUUUCAACUCCCCUCUGAGAUUUUGGGCGAUUUGGAUCAAAUUUUCGAUUUCUCGCAGGUACCGUGGAACAUGACCUGAAUGACGAGUUUCUUUUCGUGUGUGGGACAUCUUGGACCACGCUUCAAAUUUUGUUGUUAAAUACCUUGCCAUUCACAAUAUUCACCAGCUCCGAGACUGGCUCCAGGACGUCUUGUCC